UUGUGAUAUGUGUUGAUAAAUAUCUAUACUUCGUAGACGGAUGCAAGUUUCACUUCAUUGGUGAAGUACCACAUCAAGAAACUCAUAUUUGCUAGAUCUUGUUGAUUCAAAGUCGUCGAUCAAUUUCCCUUCGGCCAUGGAGUUACACGCUCUUCCUUUUGACGUGAAGACCGUGUUUGUUAAAGUGAAAAAGAAGCAGCUGAAGAAGCUACGCGGUCCAGACUCGCCUCUUUACAGAGCCACCUGGCCGAUGAUCUAUAUCGUACGAGUGUUCGGCUUCGCUCCUUACAACUUCUCGCAAGACCGCCUGGUGCCGUCGAACAUCAACCUGAUCUUCACGACAAUCGCCACUACUUUCUACAGUUAUGUAUUUUACCAGGUGUUUAGCAGAUUUCUAAGUAUCAAGAGAGGAAACAAGACUCUUGAUAAAACAGUGAACAUAAAGAUGUUCAUAAACUACAGCGUGGUGAUGUACGAGUUGGGCUUGGUGACAUUCACGAGACGCAGAUUCGUCAGGAUUUGGAAUGCGCUACAAGAUUUUGAUGAGGAGGUCCGACAAUUGGGUUAUUCUCGCAAAGAGACGCGGACCGCGGUCGUCGCGUGGAUCCUCGUAAUUGUGACCGCGGCCCUCUGGAUUUCCAUUAAUCGCCUCGGAAUGUACACUUUCGGAGAGAAAUGGACCGACAAUAUGGGAUACUUGAUGCCCUAUAUUGUUACGUCGGUGGCUAUCUACAAGUUCGUGGCGAUGGCUAUUUUUCUAGGCCAGCGGUUUCAUCACCUGAACACGAUUGCGAUGCAAAAUCUACCGUUUACGUCAGCGAGGGGCAAUGGAAUGAUCAUUAGCCAGAAGAUGAUUCUGAGUAUGCAUAACGAUUUGAUGAUUGCCGCGGAGAACUUGGACUCGCUGUAUUCGUGGUCGCUACUCUUUUGGCUGAUCAAUCUGAGCUUGCUUAUCAUCAGCAUCAUAUAUUUUAUAAUUCAGUACUUGCUCAUGAAGCAGUGGAAGGUGCAGAUGUGGUCGAUGAUCUCCCUCUUGUUCGCGUGGCUACUGGCGUUCCUCUUUCAGCUGUUACUACUUCAUAUCGCCUGUGACUUCGCCUCA